GACUCCAUACUUCCCGCACCACUGUCAUGUCUGCAGUCUCUGGUCAUCUCCUGUACUAUGUCCACAGUCUCUGGUCAUCUCCUGUAGUAUGUCCGCAGUCUGGUCAUCUCCUGUACUAUGUCCGCAGUCUCUGGUCAUCUCUUGUACUAUGUCCGCAGUCUCUGGUCACUCCUGUACUAUGUCUGCAGUCUCUGCUCAUCUCCUGUACUGUGUCCGCAGUCUCUGGUCAUCCCCUGUACUGUGUUCGCAGUCUCUGGUCAUUUCCUGUACUGUGUCCGCAGUCUCUGGUCAUCUCCUGUACUGUGUUCGCAGUCUCUGGUCAUUUCCUGUACUGUGUCCGCAGUCUCUGGUCAUCUCCUGUACUGUGUCCGCAGUCUCUAGUCAUCUCCUGUACUGUGUCCGCAGUCUCUGGUCAUCUCCUGUACUGUGUCCGCAGUCUCUGGUCAUCUCCUGUACUGUGUCCGCAGUCUCUGGUCAUCUCCUGUACUGUGUCCGCAGUCUCUGGUCAUCUCCUGUACAAUGUCUGCAGUCUCUGGUCACUCCUGUACUAUGCCCGCAGUCUCUGGUCACUCCUG